AUGUUAGCCCGCCAACUCAUCUCGAGGGUCACCCGACCCAUCACACUCCCGCCUCGCAUCCAGUCCAUCAUCACCUCACGAGGCAUCCAUGCAACCCCGAUCUCUGCCGCCAACGUCCAAAGGCCAGCCAACGAUUCUUACCUCGUCUCAGCCGCCCCCACCGCAGCGGAGCUUGACACGAUGAUGAACAACCUCCAAAAGGGCGAAGCGCACCCCGUCGUCGUUUACAGCGCCCUCAAGGCCUACGAGGCCGCCUUCAACGCCGACAAGCAAAAGAUUCUCGACGGAUUCAGGCAGCAACGCAUCGAGAUACGAGAGUCUCAUGACGCGAUUGACAGGGUGCUGAAUAAGCUUCAACGCCUGCAUAAUCGUGUGUAUUACUGGGACGAUAGAAUCGACGAUUGGAUGGCUAAGAUGGACGCCACGCCUGUGCCGGAACGUUUCGACUUUCGCCGGGUUUUGCAGGCGGGGCUUUGGAUGCUUAGCGGCGGCACUGCUGUUCGCUAUUACGUCGUCUUUACUAUCGUCGUCGUCUUUACUAUCGUCGUCGUCUUUACUAUCGUCGUCGUCUUUACUAUCGUCGUCGUCUUUACUAUCGUCGUCGUCUUUACUAUCGUCGUCGUCGUAACUAUCGUCGUCGUUACUAUUACCGUCGUGGUUAUUAUUAUCGUCAUUGUUACUAUUGUUAUCGUCGUUACUAUCGUUGUUGUUAUCACUGUCCUCGUCGUCGUUAUCGCUAUUGCUAUUGCUACUAUCGUCUAA